AUGCCAACUGGAGAACUCGUUUACCACAACGGUCACUAUCAUCGUACUUCGGCAGACCGGCCGGAACAACGGCAUAAUCAAACGCGUCCUCAACAUGGGAUGUUGCAAAGAACUCACGAUGUUUGGGGUCGCUUACUCUACGGCGUUGGUAAUACAGAGCUCCAGCGCUUAUCAAGGAGGAACAACAAAGAACAAUCCAAAAAUACGACAAUCAAGCUCACGCCAGCUAUGCACCGCCGUAUCAGGAAUCAUGUUAUGGACCCAUCGACAUGCAGAGAAGUCAAUGCUCUGCUUUACUCUGGUUUCAGAGUCCGAUGGAGCAAGGAACCAACCAGCACACACGAGUGA